AGGAGGCUGCUGUGUCCCAGGUUUAGCCUCGCGGAAGGGCUGGACUCCCUCUCCCAGCGCGCACCGGGGCACCGCUCACGCCCCCUGCCUUGGAGCGCACCGGGUGGAGGAGAUGCCGCGGCCGCGCCUUCCGGCCUUAAGUCCCCCCGCCGCCCCUGAAUUGAUAAUAUCAGAAUUCCUCCUGGGGACAUUGAUUCCAUGCUUGGUGCCUUGAAGUUUCUCUGAGAUGAACUGAUGAAUCGGAACCAUGGUGCAAAAGAAGAAGUCCUGUCCUCGGUUACUUGACUACCUAGUGAUUGUAGGGGCCAGGCACCCGAGCAGUGAUAGCGUGGCCCAGACUCCAGAAUUGCUACGGCGAUACCCGUUAGAGGAUCACGCCGAGUUUCCCCUGCCCCCGGACGUCGUGUUCUUCUGCCAGCCGGAGGGCUGCCUGAGUGUGCGGCAACGGCGCAUGAGCCUGCGCGAGGACACCUCUUUUGUCUUCACUCUCACCGACAAGGACACUGGAGUCACGCGUUAUGGCAUCUGUGUUAACUUCUACCGCUCCUUCCAAAAGCGCAUGCCUAAGGAAAAGGGGGAGGCCGGGGCAGGGUCCCGUGGGAAGGAAGGACCCCAUGCCACCUGCAUCUCAGAAGAGGUUGGCGCCGAGAGCUCGGAGAGUGGCCCGUCCCUGCAGCCUCCCAGUGCCGACUCUACCCCGGAUGUGAACCAGUCUCCUCGGGGCAGACGCCAGGCCAAGGCGGAGAGCCGUUCCCGCAACAGCACUCUGACGUCCCUGUGUGUGCUCAGCCAUUACCCCUUCUUCUCCACCUUCCGAGAGUGUCUGUACACCCUCAAACGUCUGGUGGACUGCUGUAGUGAGCGACUGCUGGGCAAGAAACUGGGCAUCCCUCGAGGCAUACAAAGGGACACCAUGUGGCGCAUCUUUACUGGAUCGUUGUUAGUGGAGGAGAAGUCAAGUGCCCUUCUGCACGACCUUCGAGAGAUUGAGGCCUGGAUCUAUCGAUUGCUGCGCUCCCCAGUACCCGUCUCAGGGCAGAAGCGAGUGGAUAUUGAGGUCCUGCCCCAGGAGCUCCAGCAAGCUCUGACCUUUGCUCUUCCAGACCCCUCUCGAUUCACCCUAGUGGAUUUCCCACUGCACCUCCCCUUGGAACUUCUGGGUGUGGAUGCCUGUCUUCAGGUGCUAACCUGCAUCCUGUUAGAGCACAAGGUGGUGCUGCAGUCCCGAGACUACAACGCACUCUCCAUGUCUGUGAUGGCAUUUGUGGCAAUGAUUUAUCCCUUGGAGUAUAUGUUUCCUGUUAUCCCACUGCUGCCCACCUGCAUGGCGUCUGCAGAACAGCUGCUGUUGGCUCCAACACCGUACAUCAUCGGGGUCCCUGCCAGCUUCUUCCUCUACAAACUGGACUUCAAAAUGCCUGACGACGUAUGGCUGGUGGAUCUGGACAGCAGCAGGGUGAUUGCCCCCACCAAUGCAGAAGUGCUACCUAUCCUGCCAGAGCCAGAAUCAUUAGAGUUGAAAAAACAUUUAAAACAGGCCCUCGCCAGCAUGAGUCUCAACACCCAGCCCAUCCUCAAUCUGGAGAAAUUCCACGAAGGCCAGGAGAUCCCUCUUCUCUUGGGAAGGCCUUCUAAUGACUUGCAGUCUACACCUUCCACUGAAUUCAACCCACUCAUCUAUGGCAACGAUGUGGAUUCUGUGGAUGUUGCAACCAGAGUGGCCAUGGUCCGUUUCUUCAACUCCCCCAACGUGCUGCAGGGCUUUCAGAUGCACACACGUACCCUGCGUCUCUUCCCCCGGCCCGUGGUAGCUUUCCAAGCUGGCUCCUUUCUAGCCUCACGUCCCCGGCAGACUCCUUUUGCUGAGAAACUGGCCAGGACUCAGGCUGUGGAGUACUUUGGAGAAUGGAUCCUCAACCCCACCAACUAUGCCUUUCAGCGGAUUCACAACAACACGUUCGAUCCAGCCCUGAUAGGCGACAAGCCGAAGUGGUACACCCACCAGCUGCAGCCUGUCCACUAUCGAGUGUACGACAGCAGUUCCCAUCUGGCCGAGGCGCUGAGCGUGCCGCCGGAGCACGACUCUGACUCUGACCCCACUGAUGACAGCGGCAGUGAUAGUAUGGAUUAUGAUGACUCAAGCUCUUCUUACUCUUCCCUUGGUGACUUUGUCAGUGAGAUGAUGAAAUGUGACAUCAAUGGUGAUACUCCUAACGUGGAUCCUCUGACACACGCGGCACUGGGGGAUGCCAGUGAGGUAGCUAUUGAUGAGCUGCAGAGCCAGAAGGAAGUAGAGGAACCUGGCCCAGACAGCGAGAACUCUCAGGAAAACCCCCCUCUGCGUUCCAGCUCCAGCACCACCGCCAGCAGUAGCCCCAGCACCGUUAUCCAUGGAGCCAGUUCUGAACCUGCCGACUCAACGGAGAUGGAUGAUAAGGCAGCAGUAGGCGUCUCCAAGUCCCUCCCCAGCGUGCCUCCCAGCAUUGGCAAAGCGAACGUGGACAGGCGUCAGACAGAAAUUGGAGAGGGGUCAGUGCGCCGGCGAACCUAUGACAAUCCAUACUUCGAGCCCCAGUAUGGCUUUCCCCCUGAGGAAGAUGAUGAUGAGCAGGGGGAAAGUUACACUCCCCGAUUCAGCCAGCAUGUCAGUGGCAAUCGGGCUCAAAAGCUGCUGCGGCCCAACAGCUUGAAACUGGCAAGUGACUCAGAUGCAGAGUCAGACUCUCGAGCGAGCUCGCCCGCCUCCACCGUCUCCAGCAACAGCACUGAGGGCUUCGGGGGCAUCAUGUCUUUUGCCAGCAGCCUGUAUCGGAACCACAGUACGAGCUUCAGUCUUUCAAAUCUCACACUGCCUACCAAAGGAGCGCGAGAGAAGACCACGCCUUUCCCCAGUCUGAAAGUAUUUGGGCUAAAUACUCUAAUGGAGAUUGUUACUGAAGCCGGCCCCGGGAGUGGUGAAGGAAACAGGAGGGCCUUAGUGGACCAGAAGUCAUCGGUCAUUAAACACAGCCCAACAGUGAAAAGAGAGCCUCCAUCACCUCAGGGUCGAUCCAGCAAUUCUAGUGAGAACCAGCAGUUCCUGAAGGAGGUGGUGCACAGCGUGCUGGACGGCCAGGGAGUUGGCUGGCUCAACAUGAAGAAGGUGCGACGGCUGCUGGAGAGCGAGCAGCUGAGAGUCUUUGUCCUGAGCAAGCUGAACCGCACGGUGCAGUCAGAGGACGAGGCCCGGCAGGACAUCAUCCCAGAUGUGGAGAUCAGUCGGAAGGUGUACAAGGGCAUGUUAGACCUGCUCAAGUGCACGGUCCUCAGUCUGGAGCAGUCCUACGCCCACGCUGGUCUGGGUGGCAUGGCCAGCAUCUUUGCGCUUCUGGAGAUCGCCCAGACCCACUACUAUAGUAAAGAACCAGACAAGCGGAAGAGAAGUCCAACAGAGAGUGUAAAUACACCAAUUGGCAAGGAUCCUGGCCUGGCUGGGCGGGGGGACCCAAAGGCCAUGGCACAGCUGAGAGUCCCCCAGCUGGGACCUUGGGCACCAAGUGCCGCAGGAAAGAGUCCCAAGGAACUGGACAGCAGAAGUCUAAAGGAGGAGAACUUUGUAGCAUCUAUCGGGCCUGAAGUAAUCAAACCCGCCUUUGACCUUGGUGAGACAGAGGAGAGAAAGUCCCAAGUCAGCGCAGACAGUGGUGUGAGCCUGACAUCUGGUCCCCAGAGGACUGAUCCAGAUUCUGUCCUUGGUGUGAGUCCGGCCGUUAUGAUCCGAAGCUCAAGUCAGGACUCUGAAGUUAGCACCGUGGUGAGUAAUAGCUCUGGAGAGACCCUUGGAGCGGACAGUGACCUGAGCAGCAAUGCAGGUGAUGGACCAGGCGGUGAGGGCAGCACCCACCUGGCAGGCUCUAGAGGCACUUUGUCUGAUAGUGAAAUUGAAACCAACUCUGCCACCAGUGCCAUCUUUGGUAAAGCCCACAGCUUGAAGCCAAGUGUAAAGGAGAAGCUGGUGGGCAGCCCAGUUCGCUUUUCUGAAGAUGUAAGCCAGCGAGUCUAUCUCUACGAGGGACUCCUAGGCAAAGAGCGUUCUACUUUAUGGGACCAAAUGCAGUUCUGGGAAGAUGCGUUCUUAGAUGCUGUGAUGUUGGAGAGAGAAGGGAUGGGUAUGGACCAGGGUCCCCAGGAAAUGAUAGACAGGUACCUGUCCCUAGGAGAACAUGACCGGAAGCGCCUAGAGGAUGAUGAAGAUCGUUUGCUGGCCACGCUCUUGCACAACCUCAUCUCCUACAUGCUGCUGAUGAAGGUAAAUAAGAAUGAUAUCCGGAAGAAGGUGAGGCGCCUGAUGGGAAAGUCGCAUAUUGGGCUUGUGUACAGCCAGCAAAUCAACGAAGUGCUUGACCAGCUGGCAAACCUGAACGGACGAGAUCUCUCUAUCCGGUCCAGUGGCAGCCGGCACAUGAAGAAGCAGACAUUUGUGGUACAUGCAGGGACAGACACAAAUGGAGAUAUCUUUUUCAUGGAGGUGUGUGACGACUGCGUGGUGCUGCGUAGUAACAUCGGGACAGUGUACGAGCGCUGGUGGUACGAGAAGCUCAUCAACAUGACCUACUGUCCCAAGACCAAGGUGCUAUGCUUGUGGCGUAGAAACGGCUCUGAGACUCAGCUCAACAAAUUCUAUACUAAGAAGUGUCGGGAGCUGUACUACUGCGUGAAGGACAGCAUGGAGCGUGCUGCCGCCCGACAGCAGAGCAUCAAGCCCGGGCCGGAGCUGGGUGGCGAGUUCCCCGUGCAGGACAUGAAGACUGGCGAGGGUGGCUUGCUGCAGGUCACCCUAGAAGGGAUCAAUCUCAAGUUCAUGCACAACCAGGUUUUCAUAGAGCUGAAUCACAUUAAAAAGUGCAAUACAGUUCGAGGCGUCUUUGUCCUGGAGGAAUUUGUUCCUGAAAUUAAAGAAGUGGUGAGCCACAAGUACAAGACACCAAUGGCCCACGAGAUCUGCUACUCUGUGUUGUGUCUCUUCUCGUAUGUGGCUGCUGUCCGUAGCAGUGAGGAAGAUCUCAGAACCCCACCCCGGCCCGUCUCUAGCUGAUGGAGAGGGGUUAAGGCUGCCCCAGCCCAGGGGCCGUCCCUUGCCUCUCGCUGUUCCCAAGUGCACGAUGCUGCUGUGACUGCGAAGCGGGUGAUGUGUGUGUGUUCUCUGCAAGCCCCCUCGCUGAGGCUUAGAUGGGUCCCAGUUCUGUGUGUCUCAGUGUCUUCGUGUGUCUCACAGGGCUGAGCUAGUCUCGUCCAGCUUUCUCUCCACCCCCCAAAGACCAUCCUCCUGUCCCCUCAGGGCUCAGAAGUACGUGUGUGUCUGUCUGUUGGGCCAAUGGCUUCUAAGAACUCGGAGUACAGGCCAGUGCGAGCCCACUAUUACGUGUCAUUGAGACAUUUGUGUUGUAGUUUCUCGUCCUUGACAUUAUAACCUUCCAGAGCAGGACUUGGGCUCUCCGUCCUCUGUGAUCCGGCACCACUAGGUGCCUGGAGCAGUCCCACUAUGGGGAGUUGAGGGAAGCUUGAGGCUUGUCCCCCCAGACAAGGGGGGGCGGUGGGGAAAGGGAGGGAGAGUCAAGGGGCAGCAGAGCGAGUGGCAACCUCCCUGCUUCCUUAGUUCCUCCCUGCAACUUCCAGGCAGUUCCCAAGCUGGCAGCGACUGCCCAUGGGCACAGGCCUGGCUGUUGCUACCGUGGUCUCCACCACUGCAGUGGGGCUGCACUGACGGCUGCUGUUUGCUGAGCAGCAGUUUCCUCGUGGUCCGCCUGGCCUUCGGCAGGGAAGAGCAAAAUGACUGGGGCUAGGAGAGUCCCAGGGACCACAGGCUGCCACGCCCAGGAACCUGGUGGUGUGGGGAGAGGCCAAGCUCAGUACCCACCUCUAUGUCUGCGGGUAGCAUCGCAGCACUGGCUGCCAGGGGGAGAGAGAGCCUGGGAGUGAGUGGGCAAGAGAUGACUGUAAAUAUUUCAGCUCCACAUUAUUUAUAGAAAAUGUACAGAUGUGUGAAUGUGAAAUAAAGGUCCCUA